AUCUGACAGAAAAUAUGAAAAAUUUUUGCAUUUAAAAAUAUUACUGUUUGCGCUGUAAUUUCUUUGUGGGUGUUUUUAUUCCUUUAUUAUUCAGGUAGGCCAGUCGAGAAAGGACAGGAAAGCAUUCAGUAGAGAAAGGGGGCUGGAUCAAAACCUCGAAACGGGAAGCUAAACUUGCUGACAAGAUUUUUUUUUUGCAUUUUAGCCUUUUAUUAUGAUAGGACAGAUCAGAGCUGACAGGAAGUGAAGAAGGAGAGAGAAAAGGGGCAGAACCGGGAAAGGCCCUCAAGUUGGGAUUCGAACUUGGGAAGCAAUAUGUUGGCGAGCUACCCACAAGGCUAUUGGCACCUGAAGUUGCAAUGUAAUUCUAAUCGCAUUAAUGCAAAUUUGCUGAGCAUAAGAUACUUCUUUCAAAAACAUUAGAAAAAUCUUACUGACCCCAAACUUUUAAACAGUAAUGAAUAAUCACCACUGACAAAAUUAAAAUUAAUUGAGAUGUAAUCCACAUAUUGUACAUGGUUGUGUGAACAGAACAGAAUGUGCCGUACAACCUUGAGAGGUUCAUGUUUUGGUCAUAAUCAGAAGACAAAGAACAUCCCAGGGUCAUGAUGUUUGAUGUUUAAGUCAGUUUUUGUAAAACAAAUGUUGGUAUUUUAUUCUAGUAGUGUUUUAGUAAAACAGCAGUUUUUUUAAAUAAUAGUAAAACUAAAUAAAUAAUAAUUGAAAUAAUAAUUAAAAAAAAUGUUUUGCACAAGAUACAAAUAUGCUAAAAAUAUAGUCUAUUAAAACAAACAAUUUAACUUGAGAAAUAGUUACUAUACCCCUACAAUCUCCUUAUGUAUCUUUCACAUUGUCUAUUUGAUCAUAUGUAACAUUGUUGGACUGAUAAAACCUAUUCAGUUGAUUUCAUGGCUUCUUUUUGUAAAACAGCAAUCCAAAAAAAAAAAAUACAUCAAAUUAAGCAGACUGCUGGCCAACACCUUGACACUGUUCUCAACUCCCAUCCCCAGUCCAUGGCAUUGAAGCUGUCCUUGGCAAUAAUGCUUAAAACUGCACCACCCUCCCAGUCUGUCUGCUCCACCAUCUCUAAAGGCUCAUCACAUCACCGUGGUUUCCAGACUCUGCCCUCUGGAUCGGUUUCAUCAAAGUGGCAUUAAUACAAAGUGUUGCCCAGGAGUGAAGUGGUGCUGGUGGCAAUUGCCAUGACUCUGUCAGGAGAUGUGUGUGUUGUGACGGGAGCCUGCGGGUUUCUGGGAGAAAAGCUGGUCAGGCUGUUGCUGGAAGAGGAGAAGCUUUCUGAGAUCCGACUGCUGGAUAGAAAAAUAAAGUCUGAGCUAAUACAGUCUCUUGAUGAUUGCAAGGGAGAGACUAAAGUGAGUGUUUUGGAGGGUGAUAUCAGGGACCGUGAGCUACUGCGAAGAGCAUGUAAAGGAGCAGCACUGGUUUUCCACACUGCAUCUCUCAUCGAUGUCACUGGAGCAGUUGAAUACAGUGAAUUAUAUGGAGUUAAUGUCAAAGGAACAGAGCUGCUGCUCGAGACCUGCAUCCAAGAAAACGUGGCCUCCUUAAUUUAUACUAGCAGCAUUGAGGUGGCUGGUCCCAAUCCCCAUGGUGAUCCAAUAAUCAAUGGUAAUGAGGACACCCCUUACUCCUCCUGUCUUAAGUUUAGCUACAGCAAAACCAAGUAUGAGGCUGAACAGAUUUGCCUUCAGGCCAGUGGAGAGCUGCUCCGUAAUGGAGGUCAUCUGGCUACCUGUGCACUGAGGCCCAUGUUCAUCUAUGGACCAGGCUGUCGAUUUACUUUAGACCACUUGAGGAAUGGAAUCCGCAAUGGAAAUGUGCUGAUGAGAACAUCACGACGAAAUGCAAAAGUGAAUCCUGUAUAUGUGGGAAACGCAGCCCUGGCACAUUUACAAGCAGGCCGGGCCCUCAAAGAUUCCCAGAAAAGGGCCGUGAUGGGUGGAAACUUCUAUUACAUCUCAGACGACACACCGCCUAUAAGCUACUCAGACUUUAACUAUGCUGUUCUUUCACCAUUAGGCUUUAGGAUAAAAGAGAGGCCCAUUCUGCCCUUCUCACUUCUGUAUCUUCUGGCGUACCUCAUGGAACUACUGCACGUUGUGCUCCGACCCUUCCUGAAGUUCACUCCUCCCUUAAACAGGCAGCUACUGACCAUGUUAAACACACCCUUUAGUUUCUCAUAUCAAAAGGCCCACAGGGAUUUUGGAUAUUGCCCUCGCUAUGACUGGGAAGAGGCACGUAAGUGCACUAGCGACUGGUUAGCAUCUGUCUUACCCAUAGAGAGACAACAAAUGAACUUGAAAUAAAUUAACAGUCAUGUUCUGCCUGAUUUUCUUCUAAUUAGAUCCACGGUAGUAGAAAACAUUCACUCUCUAAUGUUUAGUGAAUAAUGCUUGUUUUAUGGUUAAAAAAUGGCUGAAUAUUAUUUACCCAUAUAUAACAAAUAGAAAUAAAUAUCCAUUUAAAGAAAUAGUAAGAAGUAGUAAUAGAAAAGUACUAAAACAUUUUACUUAUUUCAAAAAGUAAAAGAUUUUAUGACUUGAAUAAAGACAAAUCCAGCAUCAGUGUUGUUGAGAUAGUACUUAAUGCAUUUCAAAUGCCUUGCAAUUAAACAAUAUGUUGUGGUAAUUCAUAAGCCUACCUGUCCGAGUCUGUACAUUACUCCACUUGUCUGUUGGUGUUGUUUAGUGGUGAGGAGAUUUCAGUGACCCAUAUUGCAUGUUGUUUUUAUUCAUUUACCAACAUACGGAGAACAAACCAUUUUGAGGAAACAUGCCAAGUAUCAUGAAUAUUUGAUAAAUGCUGUGAAAUUGAUGAUUGAAUGUAAUUAUAACUUUUAUAUAUGAUAUCCAAAUAAAAUUGAAAACAGAUUCAUCAGCUUGCCUGACAGGAUGAAAUAUAUUGCUGUCCAUUUAAAAUGAAAAAAAACAAUUUUGUCUCUUUUAAGAAAAUAAUAUAUACUUUAAAAUUUCAUGAAUGACAUUAAUAACAUUCUGUAAGCACAAGAAGCAUUUCUGUGAAAUGUACUAUUUUUGCAUCACAAUAUUACAGUCAUUGUAUAUAUUAUAUGAUUUAAAAUCAUUUUGCAUGCUAAAAUAACAUAAAAGCAAGUGCAACAACCUGCUCACCAUCUGACCUAUGACAUCUUAUGACACGUAAUUUAUGUAAAACAAUUUAUUAUGGGUCCACAUACACCAAAUAUCGUAAAAAGAGAAGGAUGAAGAAGCCCAUCAGUUCCAGUUAUUAAAAAAUUAGCCAUUAUUCAAUACUUCAUCAUCAUGACAUACUGUUGUGAUUGUACCAUCCGAAAUAGGCUUUGUCCCUCCUCCUCAUCCUGAGUCAGCUCGUAUUUUUUAAAGUGAAGAAAAGUGAACCGAGGCAUCGGAGCUUGUGUCGAGAAUAAAUGGGCGUGCCAGAUGAAGCCUCGAUUCAAAGCCUGGGUAGCUGCUACCUAGAAAUCACGUGACCAAUGU